AUGUCCCAGAUGCGGAUGCUGAGAUGGGUCAUUCUGCUGGUGGGGCUGCAGUCGGUACAAGCAGACUUUGAGCCUGAUGUUGACGUUAUGAGAGGUCCUAUGGGCACUAUGUCGCCAGCAACAACAGUAAAAACAGUUCGUGCCACUAACCACGUCAACAACAUCUGUAGCAUGUGGGGAAACUUCCACUUUAAGACAUUCGAUGGGGACUUUUACCGGUUCCCAGGCACAUGCGAGUAUAACCUGGUGUCAGACUGCAAAGGCCCCAUUCAGCAAUUCUCGGUUAAAGUAAAGAGAGCAGAAGGCACUAGUGACCCAAAUAUCACUAGAGUGGGGGUUACCAUCGAUGGCACUGAAUUUAAACUGACUAGGAGUCAGGCCACGGUCAAUGGACAAAAUAAAUCGUUUCCUGUGCAUGAGGCAGGGAUCCUUGUGGAAGAGAACACGAUAUACAUCAAGCUACAGUACAAAAUGGACAUCACUGUCAUGUGGAACAAAGAGGAUGCAGUCAUGGUGAAGUUGAACCCCAAAUAUUUAUAUCGCACCUGUGGACUGUGUGGUGAUUUCAAUAGGGAUCCACUUCAUAAUGAGUUUAUUAAAUCAGGUGAUUUGCUAGGAUACAAUGAGUUUGGAAAUCAAUACAAAGUUCACAACCCAGAGCAUGACUGCGAUGGUCCUUCUGAUGAAGAUAAAAUGCAAGAAAAACAGUGCAAAAACCAUCGGGCAUAUUGUGAAGACCUUUUGAUAGAUGCAGACUGGUCCUCCUGCAUUGAGGUUUGGAGCCCUGAACCAUACAUCAAGGCCUGUAUGAAUGAUAGGUGCUCAAACCAUCCUGAAGACACUGACAACUCCACGCUAUGCGCGACUUUGUCUGAAUAUUCACGUCAGUGUUCGCAUGCUGGAGGAACUCCACCGACCUGGAGAAAAGCUGACUUCUGCGCCGUCAAGUGCCCCUACAAUAUGGUACAUUCUGAAAGCGGCUCCCCCUGCAUGGACACAUGCUCAACCAAAUACACAAAUGCACUGUGUGAGCAAUACAACAUUGACGGCUGCUUCUGCCCACCAGGAACUGUGUUUGAUGAAAUCUCAAACAUGGGCUGCAUCCCGGUGGAAAAGUGUCAGUGCAUGCAUGAUGAUGUCUACAGCCCAGGAGAGGUUCUCAAGACACGCAGCGAGGAAUGUAUAUGUAAGGAGGGAACCUGGAUCUGUACGAGUAUUCCUGGCCCUGGCCUGUGUUCAGUAGAGGAAGGAUCUCACUUCACUACCUUUGAUGGGAAAGAAUUCACUUUCCAUGGAGACUGCAACUAUGUGCUCUCAAAAGACUGUGAAGAGUCCAAGUUCAACAUAUUUGGUCAUAUCGUUCCUUGUUUUACUAAAGAGACGGACACCUGUUUGAAAUCUAUUGCGGUGCUUUUUGACAACGACAGCAAAAAUCCUCUGAUUAUUAAAGCUGACGGGACAGUGAAACACAAUGCUGAAAUUUCACUUCCAUACAUGACAACUGACUUCACGGUGUUCAUGCCCUCAUCGUUUCACAUCCUGCUUCAGACCACCUUUGGUCUGCAGGUGCAGGUACAGCUGGUGCCUCUUAUGCAGGUCUACAUCACUUUGGACCAGAGCUUUCAGGACAAGACUUGUGGCAUCUGUGGAAAUUUUAACAAAGUGCUGUCAGAUGAUCUGAAGACCCCUCAGGGAGUGGUCGAAGGUACACCGGUUUCCUUCGCAAAUGCCUGGAAGGCCCAGUCCAACUGCCCCGACCGUACUGAGAGACUGGACGACCCCUGUUCCUACAGCAGUGACAGCAAGGACUUUGCCAAUCUCUGGUGUUCCAUGAUGACGGACAAGAAGAGCCUCUUUGCCACAUGUCACUCUAGUGUCAAUCCAGGCAGCUACUACAAAAGAUGCAAAUACUCCAGCUGUACCUGUGAGAAGAGCGAGGACUGUUUGUGUGCCGUCUUCUCCUCGUACGCCCGGGCCUGUGCAGCUGAAGGAAUAAUCCUCCAAGGCUGGAGAGACAUUGUGUGCAAGAAGUAUACAGAGAAUUGCCCGGCCUCGCAGAACUACUCCUAUGAGCUGCAGAGCUGUCAGCGUACCUGUCUGUCUCUCGCCUCGGAGCGUCAAAGCUGCAGCCCUAACUUUGAGCCCGUUGAUGGAUGCGCAUGUCCAGAGGGACUCUACCAGGAUGAGAAUGGACUGUGUGUGCCUAUGGAAAAAUGUCCAUGUUACAAUGAUGGACAAAAAAUUUAUCCCGGCAAGUCUGUCACCAUUAGGAAUGAACACUGUGUUUGCACGGAUGGAAAAUUCCACUGUCGUUCCUUGAAAACCUCGAUCCUGGAAUGUUCCUCUCCGAUGUUUUUUUUCAACUGCAGUACUGCUGGCCCAGAAGAACAUGGAUUAAAUUGUGCAAAGACUUGUUUGCAACAGAACGUUGACUGUUUCUCGCUGGACUGUCUGUCUGGCUGCCAGUGUCCUUCAGAUCUAUUGGAUGAUGGCAGAGGGAACUGCGUUAAACAGGAAGACUGCCCAUGUAAACAUGAUGGACAGUAUUAUGUUCCAGCGUCUGAGAUAGCCAUAGAUUGCAAUAAUUGCACUUGCCAAAAGGGAGAAUGGAAAUGCACACAUAAUAAGUGUCCGGGCAUAUGCACCAUUUAUGGCAGUGGACAUUAUAGAACUUUUGAUCAACAAAGAUUCGGCUUCAGGGGAGACUGCAGUUAUAUUGCUGUUCAGAACACGUGUGGAAAUAAAACGGGCAAUUUUCAGGUGAUUACUGAGAAUAUACCGUGUGGAACAACAGGAACCACGUGUUCAAAGGCUGUAAAGAUAUUUUUGGAGGGGACUCAGUUGCUGGUUUCUGAUGGGACCAUAACAGCCAUUUACAAUAAAAGUGGCCCAGAGAUUAGUUACGCUGUGAGAAAAAUUGGGAUGUACUUAGUCAUUGAUGCUGACAUCGGACUGACUGUUAUGUGGAAAAACAAAACCACCGUAUACAUCAUCCUGCAACCUCAGCACAUGGGAGACGUUUGUGGCCUGUGCGGAAAUUAUAACGAAAAUGGAAAAGAUGAAUUUACCACUCGGGGAAAUCUGCUGACUACAGAUAUAACGGAGUUUGUGGACAGCUGGAAACUGUCAAACCAGUGUCAUGAUGCAAAACCAGACUUUAACCCGUGCUUGAAGACUCCCAGUCGAAUUGCAUGGGCAGAAUCACAAUGUAGCAUCAUAAAGAGAGUUACGUUCCAAAACUGCCAUAAAAAGGUGGAUCCGAGCCCAUAUUAUGAGAACUGUGUAAGGGACUCAUGUGCAUGUGACACAGGUGGAGAUUGUGAGUGCUUUUGUACAGCUGUUGCAGCUUAUGCUCAAGCCUGCAAUAAGGCAGGUGUUUGCGUGAACUGGAGAACACCUGAGACUUGCCCGGUGUACUGUGAAUACUAUAAUACUGGAACAGACGAUUGUACAUGGCAUUACAGUCCUUGUCAUACACCUUGCUACAAAACCUGUAGCAACCCUAAAGCUAUCUGCAAUAACAGUUUACCCAAACUGGAAGCUACGUUACAAACUGCAAAACCCAUUUGA